UACGCCUUCUCAGUUGCAGUUGACAUUGGUUAAUAAACUCACGUUUAGUUAUUAUAAAAUUGUUUAUUGCAAAAAUUUGUUGCUCAAAAUGCGUUACGACGAAAAUGUGAAUCUCGUCACAAAAAUUGACGACGGCGACGUAGAAAAAUCGACAGUUAAUAGUUCCAACAAAAGAACGCAUUUACACAAAUGCUGCCAAAGAAAUUCGACUCACAGGAAAGUAUUAAAGCGAGUGAUUUUUAAAUCGGGUCACGUGAACCUAGAGAAAUCAAAGAAAUCCAAAUAUCAUGUGAUUCCAGAUGUAGUGACUGCUUUUAUAGAUGCGCGUUGGAGGUGGACCUUGGUGUACUGCAUUCUCACUUAUGUUUUUAUAUGGCUCUUCUUCACAAUGGUGUGGUGGGUUAUCUUGUAUUCGCACGGGGAUUUAACAGAGAACCACAUGCCUCACGCAAAUAUCUCUACAGAAUGGAAGCCAUGCGUAAGCGAAAUUUAUGGGUUUACUUCGAUUUUCCUCUUCAGCAUAGAAAUUCACACGACCAUCGGCUACGGAAGCAGGACUAUUACUCUAGAAUGUCCAUCAGCGUGGCUAGCUAUGUGCCUUGAAAGCAUUAUUGGAACAAUAACCCAGUCGUUCAUAGUGGGUAUCGUAUUUGCGAAAUUAACAAGACCGAAAAGUCGAGCGAAAACUCUAAUAUUCUCUAAGCAUGCCAUUAUCAAUCAGAGAGAUUGCGACUUGUGCUUGAUAUUCCGCGUUGGGAAUACAAGAAAAUCUAGGAUCAUUGACAUUAGAGUCCACGCCUACCUUAUACGAUGCGUCAACUCCGGCGAUUUAUUGAAUGAACAAUUAUUAUUAAAACUGAGCUUAUCAGUUAAUUCAGCUGAAAAUGUGCCCUUUAUAUUUCCUAUUUCUGUUGUGCAUGUCAUCGAUGAAAAUAGUCCGUUUUUCACGUUAUCGGCUAAUGACAUCUUGAAAUCGAGGCUUGAAGUAGUUGUAGUUUUUGAAGGUGUUAUAGAAUCCACAGGUCAGCCAGUGCAAGCUAAAUCGAGUUACAUUGCAAGGGAAAUCUUGUGGGGACAUCGGUUUGUUCAAGUCAUUGAUUAUCACAGAGAGAGGCAAGGUUACGUUGUCAACUUUUCGAAAUUUGAUGAGACCAUUCGCAUCAAUUCACCGUUAUGUUCAGCCCAGAUCCUUCGACUAUUUUAUAACAACUUUUAAAUUUAGAGACGAAUAAUACAUGUCUGUGUUCAAUUCGCUACCUUGCCUUCCGAAGAUGUGGAUGUAUUACGACAAUUAGUUUUCUAAGUUCCAUUGUGUCUCUGUACAUGGUCUGCAUCGCUGACAUUCGUAUCUGAAGCGAUGACACAAGUAGCUUUAACGCCGUUAGCUGAGUGGUACAGCUUUGUAAAUCCGUAUCAAGUCUUGAUAAAAUUUUACUAUUUGCGUCAAACUGGCCUUUAAGGUAUUUUCCCACGAUUGUGCACAUUACACUGUUUGAAGUAAUAUACUAUUAAAUACAGGAUUGUUGGUAGCACUCUUAUUUAACCCGUUUACUUAGGCAUACUGGCGUGAUUUUAGUUUUCACUUAUUAAAAUACGUUCAUACGUAUCUAAAUUUAGAUAGUGAACAUAGUUAUGAUGCGUCAUAAAGAGGACAGAUAAGAAUAUCUACUGAUAUUAUACUACACGAAGGUUAGCUACGAACGGUGAUUAUAUUUUUGUUCAUCAGAAUGAAACUGACUUUUUUAAGUCAACCCAAGAAUCAAGAAAAAAAAACAUUUAAGUAUUAUAUAUAGUUGCUGUGCUACUUAUAGAUAGUUUUUUUUAUGAUUGAAUUAUCACUGGUGGCCCGAAGGCCUUUCCAGUUUCACUAGGCCAGAUGAGCGAGCAAAGGCUCAGCCAGGAGCAGUGGGAUUUGCUAACAGCUACCCGAGAGCCUCCAAAGGAGACCUAACAGCAGCUGCUUGGCGAAUGAAUCUACUACCGGAUCGGAAUCGCGACCCACUGAGAAGAUCCGGCGAGAAACUCAACGUUGAACUCUGUCGAGUUCUACGAGUAGGGGAAAGUGGGGGAUAUACGAACACCUAAGGGAAAACUUAAAUAAAACAAUGGAAUUUAA